UGGGCCCUGAGGAGUGAGGAGUACGUGAGGCUCCGGCAAAGCCAACAAGCCAGCGUCAAAACAACGCGCCGCUAAAACCGACUGUGAUCUUCCUGUCGUUGAAAAUUCAUGACUCAUUGGUAAAGAUCACAGCAGGGAGUGACAGUGAAAUAGUGCCGCAGGUCAAGUGGUAGUUGUAUCAGGUGUGAACUAGUGAAGUGUUGUAAAUUGGUGUGCGAGUUGUGUUAAUUGUGAAUCUUGUCAGCGUUGGGUGGAUGCUGCAAUGAGUGGAGUCUUGGGCACUGUUCCCGAGAAGCCGCUGCGAAGUGGGAGCCGGGAAUCGAGGUGAGCGCGCGGGACGGCUUCUCGGGGACAGUGCUGAGUCUUGCGCUGUAUGCAUUCCAUUGCCACCGCUCUCCAGGACGAGCAAAGUUGGGGACCUGGUGUGACAAGGUGAGGAGAGCUGUGACGAGCUGCGAUGGCCACUCAGAGGAUUGCUGUGGUGACGGGAGGAAACAAGGGCAUUGGAUUUGCCAUUGUGAAGGAACUGUGUGCCAAGUUUGAGGGCCGAGUGUAUUUGACGGCCAGGGAUGAGGGCCGGGGUGCCACCGCUGUCGAGGAACUGAAGAAGCUGGGCCUAUCACCACACUUUCACCAGCUGGACAUUGAUAACCAGGACAGCAUCAACAAGUUUUCUGAAUACAUCAAGAAUACCUAUGGUGGACUUGACGUCCUGGUGAACAACGCAGCCAUUGCUUAUAAGCGUGCUGCCACAGAGCCGUUUGGGGAGCAGGCUGAGAACACCAUUAGGGUGAACUACUUUGGCACCCUGGCAUUGUGUCAUGCCCUCUUCCCUUUGCUGCGGCCCCAUGCCAGAGUGUGCCACGUGUCCAGCUCCUGUGGCCACCUGUCGGAGAUCUGUGGGGACGAGCCAGCCGCCACACAACUGAGGGCCAAGCUGUCUGCCGACACACUCACUGAGAAUGAAUUGGCUGACCUCAUGAACCAGUUUGUUGAAACUGCCAAGGACGGCACAUUUCGCCAGAAGGGUUGGCCAGGCAGCACAUAUGUGGUCAGCAAGGUCGGCGUGUCGGCACUGACCCGUAUUCAGCACCGUGCCUUCCUCAGCGACUCCAGGGAGGACAUUGUGGUCAACAGCUGCCACCCGGGAUACGUGGACACUGACAUGACCUCGCACAAGGGCCCUAUGACCAUCGAGCAGGGAGCAGCAUGCCCUGCCUAUCUGGCUCUGCUACCCCCCAACAUCUCGGAGCCCCGGGGAGCCUACCUGUGGCAUGACAAGUCUGUGGUGGACUGGACCAACAAGAAGCCUGCCCCUGUGUGAGGCUGCUGUGCACACACACACACACACAUGUAACAUUUGCAUAAUAGCAUGAAUAAUUUUUUUGGGAAUUGUAAGGCAUUAUGUAUCACAUUGUUAACUCCAUUAGGAAGGGAACAAAAGUCUCAAGUAAAAUGAUCGGAAAUAAGUUAAUAGCGAGUCAUUAGGGAAAUGUAAGAAGAGAUUAGACAAACUUUUGGCUAGGCGAGUUGGUGGAGGUAAGGAGGUAGGUGUCUCAUGGUGGGGCUGCCUCAUGUAGGGCUGAUGACUUAGGCAGCUUUACUCUUGUGUUAGGAAGCAGUCCAGACCCUUAAGCAGAUAAGAAUGUAAUGCAGAAUGACUCUUGAUAUCAAUAAUGUUGACAGUUUUGAUGAUAUGAUUGUGUUGAUGGUAAAGAUGUCAGAUUUGAGCCGUUUCACUUCUCAGCACCUGAGUGAAGGGACACUGAAGGAGAGAAGGGAAGAAAGGUCGGGGAACAUUCCUUUCUUCUUUUUAUUUGCCACUGCAGAUUUGUUCCUAAGAGUAAUUACAGUGCUGUCAGUAAUAUGUGAAGACAGCUUUAUUUGUUAAUCACCUUCAUGGCAACUCAGUUAAAGAAUUUGUUCUCAAUAAAUACACUGCAUCUGAA